AUGGAUCUCUUACAUUUAAAUUGUACUUUAUUGGAUAAUUUAUUUAAUAAUCAAAAUAAUUCCUCUACAAUCUCACCAACUUAUUCAGCUACUUCUUUAAGUAAAGGAAGCGCUAAUGCUGUUUCUGAUAUGGCUUUAACUGUUGGAAAUGUUGAUUAUUUUAUUCAACAUUAUAUAUUUCCAAUACAAUUUUUUCUUGGAGUUUUUGGAAAUUCAAUUAAUUUAGUUGUUUUACUUUCUUCUGGAAUGAAAAAUCAAGCAAAUAUUUUACUUGCAGCAAUGGCCUGUGGUCUGAAUUGA